AUGUGUAUUCACUCCAAUCAGAGCCCAGCUCGUCCAGGUUCUCGUAGGGAACGACUUCUACUUUUCGCUUCUGCAACUUGGAUGGUUAAUGGAACAACACAAGCUAUCAACGUCCCUUACCCGGAUUCUGGAGUUUAUGAAAAUUAUAUUCUUCAUUAUCCAGAUGCUACAAGCACUGAAAUUCUUGACAUCAACAUUGAUCAAUUGUACAGUGAAGUGAUGGUUCUCACUGAUGCGAAAAUUGAAAGAGCCUAUGAGUACAUUCUCGAAGAAAGAGAUCCAGGAAACUCCACAACCAAUGUUCUGAUUACUGUCGGUGUUGAUGAUCAAGCAGUAUUCGAUGGAAGUGCCACAUCAUAUCUUCACCAACUUCAAAAUGAUUAUGGUUUUCGUUCCAUCGUUGUCUCAAUUGGUUCACAAGCAAACUAUUUGGGUGACUUGGCUGAAAGCAAGGAUUGGUAUUUCACUGCAACCGAGUCCAACUCCCAAUGGGUCGCUGAUCAGAUUUCCAGAAUUAUUUCUUCAACACCUGUCGGCCCAUCAUGUGCAACUCCGUACACGGGAAGGAUUGUGACGGUGUUCGAAUUGAAUGCAGUUCAACCAGAACUCCAGGAUGUCGUCACAUUUGUCAGGAAUAAUUCGUACAAUUCUGCCAAUUAUGAUUUCACUGGUAUCACUCAAGCAAUAAAUGUUCCUUAUGGUGAUACUGAUAACUAUGGUACAGAUAUUCAAAACUUUGGUGAUUCUAAGAGUUUGAUUGAUCUUCAAAGCAAUAUUGAUACUUUGUUCACGAAUGCAGAUUUGAUUGUGAAUCCUUCAGUUUCAGAUGGACUUGCAUGGCUGCGCAUUAACAGAGAACCGCCAGCAGGUGGGUCGAAUGCAGUUAUUAUUGUAGUUGGCUAUCAUGAGGAUGACAACUUUGGAUUGACUUCUAAUUACAUUAACCAACUGCAUGCUCAAGGAUACAAGUUCAUAUCCGUCGCAGUUGGAGCAAAUCAUGGAAACCUCUCCGCGAUAGCAGAUAAACCCGAAUGGUACUUCCAAGUUGGCGAUUCAAAUGGACAGUCCGUCGCCGAUCAGAUCUCCUCAAUUCUUUGUAGUUGUAAUCCAUCCACAUCUACAGUCCCGCUGGCUUCUCCAGGUACCUCAACUGCUAUGCCGACUAUUGCUCCUGACCAGUGCUACUAUCAAUCGAAUGUUGCCGUUGCGUUUGAAACGUCUAGUACAACUAACGAAAUUGAUCUCCAGAUUCAAAAUUUCAUAACAAAUAACUUGUUCUUCUACAGUGGCGCACCAUACAUUCUUGGUAACAAAACAGAUACAAAGACAGAGCUUUCUUUGGUUCCAUACCCUAAUGAGGAUCAACUUAUUCCAUAUAUGACCUAUGGAGAAGCUUCAACUGCAACUGAAAUCAAUACUCUGAUGAGCCUAUUCCAACAAUUAUCACAAGGACCGUCUUCAAUUGCUGAUGCAUUCAACAUUAUACCCAAGAAUUCAAGAAUUGGACCACCAGGAUUUGUGAUUCUUGUGGCUAACUCAGCGGACUCUGUUCAGAAUGCAAUUGCUUCUGCUACAAACCUAAAGAAUCUUGGUUUCAAAAUUAUCACAGUUGCAUACAAAUCGUCUGGAUCGUUUAAGGACUUAUCAUCUGAUCCAAAUUACAACUUCCAAAUUCGUCAAGAUGCGGAUCAAAGUGCGGUCGCAAUGGCUAUAGGAACCAUUUUGAAUUCCUCUUAUUGUCUUCAAUUCCUUCUUGCCAGCGCCUCUGUUCACUAG